UUCUCAAGUUCAGGCAAAUACACCUCUGCGGUUUAAGGCAUAAUUUUUUUUUCAAUAAAAAAUCGCGGAUGUCGGGAAAAUAAGAUUGGUUAAUCCAUACGGUUGCAGUUAUGAAGUUAAUCUAAUUAAACGAAACCUUUGAAUUCGGUUUAAGCCCUAUUAUGGUACGUGAGGGGUUUCGUUUGGCCAAUUUUACGUCUGCACCUCAGUCAGUUUUAUCAUUCAGAUAAUUAUGACCAUACUGCAGGGUUGGGAUGACUAUUUAAUACUUUUCUGCUGAAGGAUUGGGGAUUGCUGCUUGGUGUGGUGCUGUGAAUGUGUUGCGUGGGGAUUUUAUAGUGAUUAGUUGUCUAGGUAAAUUAUGGAGUUAGUACGUGUCAUGCAGUUAGGUUACGCCUUAAUAUUAGGGGUAUUUUUCCUAAUGAUUUGGAUUUCACUGGUGGAAUCUAGAGAAACGGAAACAGUACGAUAUCCUCCGUGUUAUUUCAACCCGUUAUGUAGCUGUUCGAAAGCGGUACCGGAUCUAGGAAUUGUUAAAUGUCAGGAUAUUCACUUGCCAAGGAUUCCAGAGCACGUUAACAUUUCCAAAGUUUUCAUGUUACAUAUGGAAAACAACGGGUUGAGAACCAUUGAACCGUUUUUUUUGCAAAGUACAGGACUGUAUAAAAUUAUAAUUAGUAGAAACCCACUAACUCUGGUAACGGAUGAGGCGUUCUUGGGGUUGGAGAGAUCACUAUGGGAAUUAGAACUUAGUUACUGCCAAAUAACAAAAGUGCCCAAUCGGUCACUAAGGUACUUACAGAAAUUGCGUCUACUAGAUUUAACUGGUAACGAAAUAAAUAAAAUUUCCCCCGAAAAUUGGAGAGGACUUGAAAGUUCGUUAGAGGUAUUGGUGUUGGCAGAGAAUUCGAUAACUCACAUACCCAUAGAUGCCUUCGCGGGAUUACCAUUGCUAGAAACUAUAGACUUAAGAGGAAAUAAUCUAAGGGAGUUAGAUCCGUCGGUCUUCCGAGACGGCAUGGGAAAGCUGGCAUAUUUGCUGCUGGGCAAUAACCAGCUUUCGGCGAUACCGUACCAAGCAUUACAACCGUUAAGAACUUUGAAAACUCUGGACCUAAGCCAUAAUAGGGUCAACAAAAUGUCUCCCGCUACCGAACCAGGAAUUAAAAUAAAUUUAAACUUUCAACUUAAUCUGGACGUACUUAGAAUUGAUUACAAUCAAUUGAAAAUUCUGGAGCCGCUUUCUUUCCAAUAUUUUAACGUUCUAAACAAAACCUACCUUGACGGUAAUCCUAUAUCGGUAAUAGAGGACGAAGCCUUUCGACAAGCGAAAAUUAAGGAGCUUUACCUUCGUGGCUGCGGAUUGACCCAAAUUUCCCCGACGGCGUUCAUGGGCUUGGAAAACUUUUUGGAGUUGUUAGAUUUGUCGGGCAAUAACAUAUCUCUACUCCCUCAAGACGUAUUCAAUAGAUUUCAACUAAUUAGGAUUCUUUUGUUGAGGGACAAUAUCCUAUCUAAAAUCAAUCCUGCUGAAUUGUUCAACGCAUUUGUGCUUACUCUUAAUACACUGGACAUGAGUGGCACUGAUAACGCACCCAUGAGCAUACAGGAUUUACGAAGGUUCAGAAGCUUAAGAGCUUUAUCCCUGUCGCGUUUACCUCAGCCCCAUAUUGACCUCGAGGAUUUCCUUGAGUUCGGAAUCGAUCUGGAAGAACUAAAAAUCAACUUCGCCGGCAUACAAAGUAUUAAAAAUAAUGCGUUUAAGUACGUCCACGGAUUAAGGUCAAUUGAUAUGGCAGACAAUAGCAUAUCGACUAUAGAAAAUAAUGCAUUCGUUGACAUUGGACAUUCCUUGGAGUACUUAUCGCUGUCACAUGCGUUGUCUUCUUCUAUUUCGAGUGUACCGGUCGAAGCACUUAAAGUUCUAACAAAUCUGGAACACUUGGACCUAAGUAAUAAUCACUUACGAACUGUGCAGGAAACGAGUUUUCAUUUCCUCGGAAAACUUCGAAGUUUGGAACUGCAGGAUAACGUCAUAGAGGUCAUUCCCAAGGGAACUUUUCAAAGUGAUUACCAUGCAAACUUGGAGGAAAUUUACUUGUCAUUUAACAACCUAAAAACGAUUAGCCAACACACUUUCGUUCACCUGCCGCAACUUGAGCAACUCCACUUGGAUGAUAAUAGGAUAGACAAGUUGGAAAGGCGCUCUUUCAUGAACCUCGAACAUCUUAAAAGAUUGAAUUUGAAGGGAAAUAAAUUAUCUACGGUUUCGUACGAGACUUUUCAGAAUUUGCCUGAGCUGGAAGACUUAGAUAUGGCUUACAAUAGCCUGAUCAACUUCGAUUUCUCCAUGUUUGAUCAAGUUGGGACGCUGGCAAUGUUUCACGUAAAUGUUAGUCAUAAUAGUUUAAAAGAACUCACGUUGAAUAUGCCGCCAGCUUUUGAAUCCGACGUGGGUCUCGGAGGUCUCCAUUCAAACGUCAAGGUCUUGGAUAUGUCCUUCAAUAACAUUUCACUGAUCGCCAAGCAAUUCUUCAAACCGGCAGAACUGUCUCUGACUCACCUUUAUCUCGGACACAAUCGGAUCUUGAACGCCACGAGAGAUGUGUUCGGAAACAUGCCUCACUUGCAACGGUUAGACUUAUCGUGGAAUCAGAUCUACGAGAUGGAUUUCGAUAUGUUCCGAAAUACAAAAAAGCUUCAGCUUUUAGACGUUUCCAACAAUAGAAUCGCCGAUAUCCCAAGCGAUUUGUUUAGAUUUUUGAACAACCUAAGGAUAGUGAACUUUUCCCACAACAGGCUUAGGGCGCUACCGGACAACUUGUUUCGAGAACAGGGUCUGGAACGUUUAGAUAUUUCUCAUAACAUGCUUAGCAAAUUACCCUUGACGAGUAUGUCAGUGGCUACGGCUUUGUCAGUCUGCGAAUUGGAUGUAUCCUGGAAUUCAAUAUCGUCUUUGUCUCACGGAGGAGUUUUACAGCGAUUUAAGAAUCUGAACUGGCUGGAUUUAUCAUACAAUCGGUUAGCACAAAUUGAUUCCAAUACUUUUAAGGGGCUUCCAAGAUUAUCCAGUCUAGAUUUAAGUCACAAUCUUCAGUUGGCUCUAGAGCCAAACGGAUUAAGCUUUCAGGGCGUUGAAUAUUCGCUUCUGCAUUUGAACUUGGCCAACGUAUCUUUAAACAUGGUUCCUAUUCUACCCACCCCGAAUUUAGUAUCGCUCUCUUUGGCCCACAAUUCCUUACCUAACGUGCCACCUGAAAUGGCAACAAAUAUGACUAAUUUGCAAAAGUUAUAUUUGGACUACAACGAUUUAACAUCGGUGCCAAUUGUGACGCAUUCGUUGUUUGAGCUGCGGUAUCUGUCCAUGGUCUCCAAUCCCGUUACGUAUCUAAGCAAUACCAGUUUGUUGGGUGUUGCCGACCAUUUGGAGGAACUAGAUAUUAGGAAUUUUGAUUUAAACACUUUGGAGGCGGGAGCGUUCUGCAAAAUGUACUCCUUAAGAACUCUGAAAAUAAAUUUGUACACUGACCUUAAAUUGUUUAAUAUUCCAACAAUAAUUCAGUGGAAUAGCGGGCUGAGAAAUCUUGAAAUUCACGUAAAUAAGGCAACAGAUAGCACUUUGGAAAAGGAGAUGAUAGGAGACCUUCCUCCGAAAUUAAGAAAUGUGACUUUCUCCGGACGGGGCUUAAAAAAAUUGGGAAACAAUAUUUUACAGGGUACAAGAAGUCCAGAACUACACCUCUGCUUUCGAAACACCAGCGUUAUGAAAAUCUCCGAAACAUUCUUUAGGAACUUAGGUCGAGCCAGAAAUAUCACUUUGGAUGUAAGAUAUAAUCCAGAAUUAAAAAGUUUAAUGAAUCCGUCAACUGGUUCCAAACCUGACCUAUUUAAAAAGACGUUCCUUAUGGAACUAGAUAUCACCGGCAAUAAAUGGGAUUGCGAUUGUGACUUGGGAUGGAUUGAGGUCUGGCAAAGAAAACGCAGACAAUACAUUUGCGAUCGUAGUCCAAGUGUCACUCCAUCAUUUAAUCAUUUUGACUAUAGUUGCCGGCAUGUGGAUGACGACUUAAGGACCGCCGCUUGUGCGAAUAGGAAUAACCAAUCUGUCAUAGAAAUUUUGAAAUCGGAAAUUGAAUGUGGCUGGAGUUCAGCAAUGCCAUUGCAUACGUGGCAAACGAGUGUUGCCAUUCUUUUAUGUUUGCUACUGCAAUUUUUAAUAUAAGAUGUCGUUAAAGUGUAUAGGCGACUACUGGCAACGUUUUUUUUUUUGUUUUGACUCGGAUUCGAUUAGGAGUUUGUGAUGACUGUUAUGCUUAUAUAAAAAACUGUUCAUUCGUUUCAAGCGGUUGUGCUUGCAAAGCACGUAUUAUACUUAAGUAUUGUCAUUUGAUAUAAAAUAUUUAUUAUUUCAUUAUAAGUGAAAAGUUUUUUCGACUUAGAGUCACCGCUAGUUGGGAAGUUUUUCUGCUAUAUAUCGCAAAUGUAAAUAUACUGUUGGAAACUUCAUAUUUUUAAUAUUUUUUUAAAUAAAAUAUGAUGGUACGUAUAGAGGAGACCCCGUUGUAUUGAAUUAAAUGUC